CGGCCGGGAGAGCGCGGAGCCUCGCCCGGCCCGGCGCUUCCCGGCACUCGGCGAUUCCCGGGAAGGCGAGCAGCUCCUGAGGGGAAGCGGCCACGGCCCCGCCUCAUCCCCGCGCAUGCGCGGUAGCGGCCCGGCAAGAUGGCGGAGCUGGAGGAGCCGAGGCGGCGGAUCCCGCUGGUACCGGAGAACUUGCUGAAGAAGAGGAAGGCGUACCUGGCCAUCAAGGCCACCCAGGCCAAGCAGGCGCUGCUCAACAAGCGCAAGCAGCAGAAGGGGAAACAGAUCCAGUUCAGGCGCCUGGAGACCUUUGUUCGUGACUCGUGGCGCAAACGCCGCGAUGACGUCCGGCUGAGGCGCAUGGAGCAGAGGCCUGGGCAGGCAGUGGCACCUCAGGAGAGCAAACUGGCCUUCGUCGUGAGGAUUGUGGAUAUUAAGGGAGUGACUAAGAGGGUGAAAAAAGUGAUGGAGUUGCUGCGGCUGAAGAAGAAUUACACUGGGAUGUUCGUGAAGCUGAGCCCGCUGACGCUGAAGAUGCUGCGGACCGUGGAGCCUUACGUGGCGUGGGGGCAGCCUAACCUGAAAUCUGUACGAGAGCUCAUCCUGAAACGGGGCCAGGCCAAGAUCAAGAAAAAGAGGGUGCCUCUGACAGACAACAUGCUGAUAGAGGAACAUUUAGGGGGCUGUGGUAUCAUUUGCCUGGAAGACCUUAUUCAUGAAAUCUACUCAACGGGGAAGUAUUUCAAAAGAGUAACCAGCUUUCUGUGGCCGUUCCAUCUGUCGGUGGCUCGCCACGCGUCGCGGAACAGAGUGGGUUUCCUCAAGGAGAUGGGCAAGCCUGGCUACAGAGGUGAUGAAAUCAACCGGCUCAUCCGUCAGCUCAACUAGUCAGGUUUUUGUGAAAACUUCAGGAUCAAGACUUCACCUGUUCCAUUUCACAUGUACCUUUCCAUGGACAUAAUCUGCAUGCAAUGAUCUAUAUGCAACUUCUCUUGACUGCUGGUGCCUCUAUAAAGGAAGAAAUACAGAGAUGAUAGUGGAGAUGGAUUUUGGGCUGGCCCUUCUUAAAGAAGAAGAUAAAUUCUCUUUGCUACAAGAGUGAGCUUCUUGGGGCAAUUUGACUUUUGCAUCUCUGUAAAAUAAGUGUUUUUGUGCUCACUACUGGAGACUUCACUCUUGGAAGCGCAUCUGCUUCUAGGGGUGAGGGGUAGUGCAGUCACAGUUCUGCUGACA